CAUCGUCUUUGCACAAGAACAUCAAUUCGGCAGAUUCUGCGCAUCUAUAAAGCCAACUUGGUUUCUGUAUACAGUCGAUCGUCUUUGCGGCCCUAAGCUCUCCCCAGUACAUCAUUCGAGCCUUUCGAUAAUCCAAGAUGGCUCUCGCCGUGUACAGACAGCUGCUGCGAUCCACAAGGAUAGCCUUCAAUGGUGACACUCGGAUGCUACUUUCUGCCCGCAAACUCGCCCGCGAGGGCUUCGAGGCCAACCGCUCUCUUAGCAACCCAGAGGAGAUUCAGAACGCCAUCCAACAUGCCAAAGACGUUGGUAUAAUACUGAAGCAGAACGUGGUUCAAGGCAAAUACGAUGAGGCAAACCAGAGAUAUAAGCUCAACAUUCAUGAGCACAUUGAGAGGGGGGACAACGAAACAAUUAAAAAUCCGCCACCCAUCAUUCGCGGGAGGAAUACGUUGAAAAAUGCCAAAGUUGGCUCGUUAUCAUGAUACUGAGUCUGGGAAUUGGUGUAUCUGUGUUCAUAUUGUAUAAAAUAACUAGUGAUACCCCAAGCAUCAAUGAAUGCUAAGAAAUAUUCCCGAUACCAUUCAAAUCUACAUGAACAACCUAUGCUGGUAUACAA